GCUCCCAUGAAUUCAUGUUUACUAACAAACUGAGCGACCGGCUAUUUUCACUUCAGAAACAGAAUAGUGCGAUUUCUAAAAGAUAAAUGGUUGAAUGGUACACCAGUUGACGUAUUAAUAAUUGGACAUCAGUUUUCCUCAUAGUCACAAAUUUGGGACAGUUGAUUGAGAGUAACUUCCUCAUCAACAGAUCUAGUUCAAAACUGAUUUUUGACAAGCUCAGAACUGAUAUUUGCUUACUUGGCACCGCAGAUAACAACAUGCCAUCCAGAAAUGUAAAACAGGCUAUACAAAAUAAAGAACAAGACGAGGGAGUAGGAGCCAAAGUCAGAAGGAGUGUAGGGAGUAGUCAGCUUCGCAACUUUGAUCCAUUUCUGCUACUAGAUGAUUUUAGAGUCAAAGCCCCUGCUGGAUUUCCUGACCAUCCACACAGAGGAUUUGAAACGGUGACUUAUGUUUUAGAGGGUGGAGUGACACAUGAAGAUUUUUGUGGACACAAAGGAACAAUACAUCCUGGUGAUUUACAGUGGAUGACAGCAGGACGUGGGAUUGUACAUUGUGAGAUGCCCCAUGGUACAGAACAAGCUCAUGGACUACAGUUAUGGGUCAAUCUGUCAAGUAAAGAUAAAAUGACGGCACCUGCUUACCAGGAGUUGUUAGACAAGGACAUCCCAAAGACAAAACAAAAUGGUGUCCAUGUCAAGGUCAUUGCUGGAGAAUCAUUGGGCAUUAAGUCCCCUGUGUACACCAGAACACCAACAAUGUACUUGGACUUCCAACUAGACCAAGGAGCUGUACUGAAUCAACCUAUAUCCCAAGGAUGGAAUGUAUUUGUAUAUACGUUAUCAGGAAAGGCGACUUAUGGUGAGGGUUCAGAUGCCAAACAACAUGGAGCACAUUAUACACUGGUUUUAGAUCAAAAUGGUGAUGGGGUUCGAGUGGAGAAUAAGAGUCCAGAGUUGUGUCGUUUUGUGUUGAUAGGUGGUAAACCCAUUGGUGAACCUGUUAAACAGCAUGGCCCUUUUGUGAUGAAUACACCAGAAGAAAUACAACAGGCCAUGUUUGAUUAUCAAAUGGGAAAGAAUGGUUUUGAAAAUGCAUCCAAAUGGGAAUCUGACUAUGUGAAACGUCGAUAAUAAAACAAUUACUAGUACUCUACAUUAUUGUAUCUCUCUUUGAGUUGUGGAAACCUGUUCUUUUAUGGUUUUUAAAUGACAUUUUUUGGAUUUAUGCACAUUUUGCAAUCAUCGUGAUAUCAGGGACCAGAUUUGAUAAAUCAUAACUUUAAAAUCGUACGAUUUUUGUUCGGUAUAUUCGUUUUGCCCCCUUUUACAAUUUGUUCAAUAAGUCAGUUGAUGCUUUCGAGGUCAACAGAGUCAUACAGGAUUGAUGUAGGCUGAUAAAGACAACUAUUUUAGAUUCCUUUUGAUAAGUUUUUUUUUUAUUUUCAUUUAUUCAGUGGGAAAAAUUUGUCAUACAAUCAGUACUACAUAUUCUAGUUAGUGAAAAAUUUAUCCAUUCAGGUCCUUUUGUGAUGUGUACAGAUGAAGAAAUCAAACAAGCUCUGAAUGAUUACCAACAGGGGACAAAUGGUUUUGAAAAGGCACAUACUUGGAACUCUUGGGUUGCAUAUGAAUAGUAAAGUGUGUUUCUGUUUUACCUUGUGCGUGACUUUGUCUGUGGUGGAUAUAUUAAAAAAGGACAAAUACAUCACGAAAAGAUGGCACAGAUGGAUAAACAUCUUUGCACUGUUAAAUGUAAAAGAACUACACCUGUCAGAAAUUGUAGCCUUGCUCUGUCUACAAUUAUUAAACACGGAUUAUUAAUCUGUAUCAUUAUCACAUGCUUAAAAAAGGCUGGACAUGAAAUAUUAAGUAAUAAACCAUCGGUUACUGAAACCCGCUGGAGAUAUUGUGUUAAGUUUUCUCUCUAUUCCUUAAAUGAUCAGAGCAUAGUUUUAGAACAUUUACAAGUUCUGAGCUUGACCAUCAUAUAUGACUUUAUAUUCUGUUAAUUUCCCAGAAAUUAUGAACACUUUUGGUCAGUUUGACUUUGGUCCAAGGAUGCACACAUAUUCGGAAUGCACAAUUUUGAUAUAAGUAUCAGCAAUGACUUUAAAAGAUAUAAACUAUGGGAUUAUGAUACUGAUAGACAACGAUUUCUAUAAACUCAUCACCCCAAAAACCAAACACCAACUGUUUCCGGUGUAUGUGAAUUCAGUGACUUUAAACAAUAUAUCAUCCCUAUUGAUAUAACAUCAAUAUUUCUGAUGUGAUUUUAAGUUUGUGUUUUAUACAUAUCAUAUUUCUGUGUUUAAAAAAUAAUAAUGUGUUUUCUUAUCAUAUGUUCAAAUUUGUUUAUCAUGACAAGUAGAUCUGAAUGUUAUUGUUGUUACAUGUUAUGUUUAAAUAUUUUAUUUAUUAAAUUGUGUUAAUAUUUGU